UUUGGUGCCAACGGAUUAUCAUCUGUAACGGACAUUACCUGUAAAAUGGAAACUACUUCCGGGCAACCAGAGCCCGAAGUAGUCAAAGUAUCGAUAUUAAACGAAGAAUCAGCCAUUAUUGGGUUUCAUUUGACCGAUUAUUUGGUUAGAGAUUUAAUAACUAAUUUUCAGGCGUCAUCAUAUGUAAUAAUCACGGAUACAACCAUUGCAUCAAUCCAUCUUGAAAAAUUAUUGGAUCGAUUCAAGAGCAUUUCUGCGGAGCUGAUUCGGGCCAAAGGUGAAAAUGUUUCAACACCAAGAUUUUUAUCUUAUACGGUUCCGCCGGGGGAACAAUCCAAAACAAGAGAAAUUAAAGCCGAGAUAGAAGAUUACCUGUUAAGUGAAGCAUGUACGCGUGAUACAUUCAUUAUCGCUUUCGGUGGUGGUGUAAUUGGUGAUAUGGUGGGGUUCGUGGCGGCUACCUUUAUGCGUGGCGUACCUUUUGCUCAAAUUCCAACAACACUGCUUGCCAUGGUGGACGCAUCAAUUGGCGGCAAAACGGCAGUUGAUACUCCUCAUGGUAAGAACUUGAUUGGCGCUUUUUGGCAGCCGAAAAGGAUUUACAUUGAUAUAGUAUAUUUGGAGACACUGCCCGAAAGACAAUUCAUUAAUGGUAUGGCGGAAGUAAUAAAAGCGGCAGCAAUUUGGAAUGAAAAUGAUUUCGUGAAUCUUGAAAAUAAUGUGGAAAGCAUUCGUUUAGCAUUCAAAGCCAAAAAGGAAGUCCCUUUUCAAGGAGCAACAAGUGACACACGUACUUUAGGACAAUCACUCUUAUUAUCUGUAAUCGCCGGAGCCGUUAAAUUUAAGGCUCACGUGGUAACAAAUGACGAAAGAGAGGGUGGUCUUCGUGAGAUACUCAAUUUUGGUCAUGGUGUGGGUCACGCAAUUGAAACUAUUCUUUUUCCUGAGAUGCUUCACGGAGAAUGUGUUUCUAUCGGUAUGAUUAAAGAAGCCGAAAUUGCAAGAAAUUUUGGAUGUCUAAACCAAGUUUCCUUAGGUCGACUAGUGAGAUGUUUACAGAAUUACGGUUUACCAAUUUCUCUCGGUGACAAAAAGGUUUUAGACUUGGUCGGUAAUAAAUUUUGCACAGCAGACAGGUUAAUGACCAUUAUGAAGGUUGACAAAAAAAAUAGAAAUGGUCAAAAAAAGAUUGUUCUGUUAACAGGAAUCGGGAAAACAUACGAACAGAGGGCUACCGUUGUAUCUGAUGAUGUGAUUUACAAAGUUCUUUCAUCUGCCAUCACCAUUCAUCCAAUAACAUCCUCUCUUAACUUGAAAAAACACGUCACGAUAACAACCCCUGGAUCAAAGUCAAUUUCAAAUCGUGCCUUGGUACUUGCCGCACUUGGUACUGGCACUUGUCGACUUAAAGGAUUACUUCAUUCAGAUGAUACACAUGUAAUGCUUAAUGCCCUCAUGAAUCUCGAAGGAGCAAAAUUUGAAUGGGAAGAUAAUGGUAAAACAUUAGUCGUCAUUGGUGGCGGUGGAAGUUUUAGGGUUCCCAACAAAGAGAUCUAUCUUGGAAAUGCAGGAACUGCCUCGAGGUUCGUCACAACUAUUUGCACAUUAGUGUCGCCGGAAUGUACCACUGAGACAAACAAGCAUAUAAUCUUAACGGGAAAUGCGCGCAUGAAACAACGUCCAAUUGAUCAUUUGGUAGAUGCCCUUCGUGAAAACGGUUCGCAAAUCAAGUAUCUUGAAACAGAUGGUUGCCUUCCACUUGAGAUAACGCCCAGCGAGCAGAGAUUUCGUGGUGGAUCGAUAAAUCUUGCUGCCUCGAUCUCAUCACAGUACGUGACAUCAAUACUUUUAAGUGCGCCAUAUGCCAAUGAACCUGUGACCUUGAACCUAAUAGGAGGUCAAGUUAUAUCUCAACCCUACAUUGACAUGACAAUUGCCAUGAUGGAAUCUUUUGGAAUAAAAGUUGAACGCUCAGGAGAUGUAUAUCGCAUUCCACAAGGUCCUUAUAAAAACCCGGAAGUUUAUGUAGUUGAGUCGGACGCGAGUUCUUCUACCUAUCCAUUAGCAAUUGCAGCCAUUACAGGUACAUCUUGCACUCUUCCAAAUAUCGGAUCAUCAUCUCUUCAAGGUGAUGCAGCAUUUGCCGUAAAGGUUGCUCGUCAAAUGGGAUGUACAGUAACCCAAACUUCCACGAGUACUACGGUGCAAGGACCACCUAUCGGUUCAUUAAAAUCAUUGCCUAACAUUGACAUGGAAACGAUGACAGACGCAUUUAUGACUGCAUCUGUGCUAGCGGCUGUUGCCUCCAAUCAACAAGACGGACAAGAAUGCAUCACUCGAAUAACUGGCAUUGCAAAUCAGCGGCUGAAAGAAUGCAAUAGAAUCGCGGCCAUGACCAAUGAAUUGAGCAAAUUUGGAGUUUCAGUAUCCGAGCUACCUGAUGGUAUACAAAUCCACGGUUCCAAAAUUGAAAAUCUUCGAGCACCCGCAGAAGGUGUUCAUUGCUAUGACGACCACCGAAUAGCGAUGAGCUUUAGUGUCCUUGGAUGCGUGGUUCCCAAUGGUACCAUAAUACGCGAAAAACAAUGUGUCGAUAAAACCUGGCCUGGCUGGUGGGAUGUUUUAGAGUCAGAACUAGGCAUAAAACUCGAUGGUUACGAUUUAGUAAAAAAUCGGAAAAAUGAACCGUCAGCCGAAGUUAAUACAACAAUAUUGCCUUAUGUCCUAUCGGAACAAGAUGCAUCUAUCAUAUUUAUUGGAAUGCGUGGUGUUGGCAAAACCACUUUGGGUAAAUUUGCUGCCAAGGCUCUAGGUCGCAAGUAUGUGGAUUAUGAUCAUUAUUUUGAAACCACAUUAUCAACAACCAUUCCGGAAUUUACAAGUAAACAAGGGUGGGAAGCUUUUCGCGCAAAAGAAUUUGAACUACUUACAUCUUUGCUUAAAGAUUGUUCUUCGGGAUAUAUAAUUUCCUGUGGUGGCGGCAUUGUAGAAACACCUUCCUCACGCGAUCUCCUGAAAAAAUACAUACGUGAGAAAGGAAAGGUUGUUCAUAUAGUAAGGGAUAUCAAAGAAGUUGUGAAAGAUUUAACUAAAGACACUAUACGCCCAGUAUACGGUGAAGACCCUCACGAUGUGUGGAAACGACGUGAAGGAUGGUACAAAGAAUGCUCAAAUUACGAGUACGUUUCCUUAACGGCUGAAGGCGAUAUUGAUUUAUCCGAAUCGAAACAUGAUCUUGUUAGGUUUUUGAAAUUCAUUACCGGACGAGACACCAAUCAAGUUGAUACGCAAAGUCAACAGAGAACGUUUUUUGUGUCGCUGACGUUCCCAGACAUCACACCUGCGUUGCAUCAUAUACAUGAGAUAACUUAUGGUGUAGAUGCCGUCGAACUUCGAGUAGAUUUACUAUGUGAUAACGAUUCCCAGGCGUCCAAUUACGUAAACGACAUACCAUCGAUUGAUUACAUUUCACGACAGGUGGCAUUAAUAAGACAUUCAUCGAAACUUCCCAUCAUAUUCACCGUAAGAUCAAAAGGACAGGGAGGAAGAUUUCCAGAUAACCAAGAGAGAGAGAUGUUUUCGCUUUUGAAACAAGCUAUUAAAUGGGGUUGUGAAUAUAUUGAUUUAGAGAUUGGUGGGCUUACUGAUUUGAUUUCAGAUUUGGUUGAAAAUAAAGGACAUUCGAAGAUUAUCGCAUCGUGGCAUGAUAUAUCAAUAAAAUGGGACAGCGAGGAAAUUCAAGGAAUUUAUAGAACGGCACAUAAGUACGGGGAUAUAAUUAAAUUAGUUGGUAAAGCCAAAACUAUUAAUGACAAUUUUAAAUUGCAAGAAUUCGUUCAAUCUUUAUCCGUGGAAAAAUCCAAACCAAUCAUUGCUAUUAACAUGGGCGAAGAAGGACAACUAUCACGCAUAUUGAAUCAAUUCCUAACACCAGUAACUCAUCCAUUAUUGCCAUCAAAAGCAGCACCUGGGCAGCUCUCAGUGCGUGAAAUUAACCAAGCAUUACAUUUAAUUGGACAAUUACCUAGUAAGAAAUACUAUGUUUUCGGCACACCCAUUAGUUCAUCGUUGUCACCGACAAUCCACAAUACGGGAUUCAAAACGUUAGGAUUACCAUAUUUUUAUGAUAUAUUCGAAUCGCAGGAUGUGGAGGCGGUCAAACCC